AUGUCGCAGCCUCUCUGGCUGGCCGCCCUGGUCACCAUCUCCCAGGCUCAGAUGUCUACGGUGCAGCACGUCAGCCAAGCAGCGGUACCGCUGAUCCGGUAUGGCGAUCUCCUUCCCCUGGACCCAACGCAGCCUGGGCUGCAAAGCGAGAAUGGAUUCAACAGCACGUCGCCUGUGCUGAACCCUCGCUCCCUGCUGCAGGCAUACGACAUGAGUGGGGCGCGGCAGGCCCUGACGCUCUGCGUGCUGGAAGAUCGGCCGGGCGCGGAGAAUGACAUCGAGGCACUGGACAGGAUGUAUACGACUUUUGAAUUUCAGAACACGCUGGUCAAGGACCCGACUGCAUCCCAAUUCCGGACUGAGCUGGUGAGCUUCCGAAAGCGGAUUGACCAAAUCCAAGGCGAGGUCAGCUGCAGCUUCGUGGUCAUCAUGGCGCACGGGGACAGCGGAGUUGUCAAGGCGGCCGAUGGACAGUACGUGAACUUGGAGGAGCUGUUCGCAGAGAUGACCAACGAGACCUGCCGAGCCCUGCGGGGCAAACCCAAGGUCUUCAUCAUCCAGGCCUGCCGGGGGG